AGAUAUUCAUUUUUGACGUCUUUAUCAUCCAUCUCUCAUACAAUUUGAUUGGAAAAUAUAUAGUACUUUCAUGACAGGAAUUCGAUGUAUUUUCUGGCAAAUUUGAGGUCAAGUUAGGCAACCAUUCAUAGCAAUAAUGCAAUAGAUAUCCGACGUCAGGGUCUAACCUAGUUCCGUAUCAGGAUUCCAAGUAUCUAUAAAAGGGACGUCCCUUGGCCUAUGAAACUCAUCAUUCUCCAAGCUAGAUUUCAAUUGAAAGAUGGGCGCCAGAAUGUUAUUGAGGUCUCUGCUAUUGCCCCUCAUCUUUGUCUUGGCCCUAGCCCCAUGGUCUUACGGGCUGAGCCGAGGGCAACAGCUACCUUCUUUAGCUGCUACAUCUACCACAUUCCAAUACCAUGGAGGCCCUCUCUUAACCAAGCCAAAUGGCAUUAAUGUUUACCUGAUAUGGUAUGGAGGAUUCUCUCAGAAAGAUAGAAACUCCAUAACUGAUUUCUUCGCUUCCUUCACGAGCCCUGCUACUCGCCAAGGACCCUCUGUUUCGACAUGGUGGAGAACAAUUAGUACAUACAAGGACAAAGCGGGGAAACCAGUUUCCAGCACUGUUAGACUUGUCAAACAAGUUGGUGAUCUAUAUUCUUCAGGGAAGGCCCUGAAGCGCGCCCAAAUAGCCAACUUUGUGAAAAGCAAGAUCGAUAGCAAAAUCUUUCCAUUAGACUCCAAUGGAAUAUACUUGGUUUUGACUGCUAAAGAUGUAGCAGUAGAGCGCUUCUGCAUGGGAUCGUGCGGUUUCCAUGAGAGCAUAAUGGUAGGGGCAAUGGUUCGAGUGGUAUUCGCCCACGUCGGAGACCCCACGGUCCAAUGCCCUGGUCUUUGUGCAUGGCCUUAUGCUCUGCCUGCUUAUGGCCCUCCAGGCCAAGCCUUGGUGGCACCUAACGGUGUUGGAACCGAUGGCAUGAUUAUAAACAUUGCCACCCUUGUUGCGGGGGCUGCCAGUAACCCAUUCAAGUCCGGUUAUUUUCAAGGAGAUGCCUUGGCACCGUUGGAGGCUGUCACAGCCUGCCCUGGAAUAUUUGGCCCUGGAGCUUAUCCAGGGUAUCCUGGAACUUUGUUGGUCGAUAAAAUGAGCAAAGCAUGUUAUAAUGCCUAUGGUGUUAAUGGUAGGAAAUUUCUUCUUCCGGCUAUCUGGGACCUGAUUAGCUUGAAUUGCAAAGUAGCUACUUGAGUUUUCUUAUGAAGGGAUAAGCUCGAUCACAGAUUUAUGCAAGGAAUGUUACAACUAGGUUUAAAGCCAUGUAGAACCCCAUAAUAAUUAUUGAACUAGUUAAUGAUAUCCUGUAUCUCCAAAUGAAUGCCCUUCCUCCCUUUUUUCUUUUUUUUUGGUUAAGGAAAGACGUACAUUUUUUGCACUCCUACAAAAGGAAAUUAUAUGAAGACAACACCCUUGGUUAUA